CCCACUGGUAGCACUCUAAAAAAUAAGAGAUCUCGAAGCCAUCUUCUUUUCAGACACCUCGGAGGUUUAUCAGGAAUAGAAGAGGAAGCAAGGUUAGAGAAGAGAGGAUUCGGAUGGUUCUGAAGUUUAUUAUGGAAGGAUUGGUAUCUGGAUUGGGCCAAAUCGGAAACAUAAUUAACAUUAAGGUCAUUAUGGAUUAUUUUAUUGGUGACAAAGUAAGGAGCAUUGAGGAUUGGAUGUAAGGAUUGGAUACGAGAGGAAUUCGAUGGCUUAGUGGAGCCCCAAAGCUCAACUCUGUAAGUUCAAAUAGGUGUUAUUGUAGUCAUGUAUAUAAGUCUUUUGUAAUUAACUGGAAGCUUGGAGCGUUUGUCUAGUAAGUGUUGGAGUAGUCGGAAACGUCGAGAGGUUUCUUGUCAUUUCAGUCUGGUAUGAGGAUUCCAAGUUAGACGUUUGUCCAAGUGAAGUCCAAGGUAUCGGAUUUGUUCAACAAGGAUAAGUGGGGUAUUAUUAAAGGAUACUGUGGGACAUGAGGUCAUAGGUUUACGUUGAAGGGUAAAGGUGAUUUGAUGGGAUUUAUUAGAAUUUAUUUUAAUCCUCCAGUUUUGAUACCAUUCUUCAAGGCUUGUGAUGUGUGAUAGAAGAGUUUUGGAUGCAAUGGUUGGGUCAUUAUUAACGGAUAGGACACAUGUAUCAUCGGCAUACGUGGUAAUAACAGUGUUAAGGUACUAUUUGGCUGGCACGGUCGACGACAGCGACUGCUAUUCCCCCCUGCCAACCGCUGUUGGCGUACCUAUUUCGCUGAAACUGCUCCCUGGGGUUGUUAUAACCUGCCUAUAACCUUCGAACAUUUCGCUGUAUCUUUGAAGAUAAAAAGAUAGACAUAAUAUAAGAAUAAAAAUGAACUUCCUAUAAUAAUGAACAUCUCUGACUACCGCUUUUUUAUUUGAGUUGGAAAAAGAAGAGAAAAUGUUGUUCAUAAAGAGAAGGAAUAUCAGUAUUUCGAUGUGAUGCUCAUCAUCAAAGUUCCUCUGAUAUUACAUAUUAUUAGUUUGAAAAAUAAUAGUAAUUAAUACAUAAUUGGUUAGUAAUAAAUAUCAUAUAUUUGUGAUUAAAUCUCAGCAAGCGAUGUUUUAUAGUUUUAUCAAUAGUAAUCAGUAAAUCACCACUUUAAUUAAAAAAUACAAAUCGUUUUUUCAAUGGGUGGAUUUUAGUAUUUACCUGACGAUAAAAUUUGUUGGAUUCUUUAUAAAUUAUAAAUUAAUAAAUUAAUUAUAAAUUUAUUUAAUAUCGUUUGGAUUUAGGUAUAUUUGUAUUUCGCUGUAAAAUAUUGCUGGUGGAAUAAAUAAAUAAAUAAUCUUGUUACUUCAACCUCAAAAAAAUAAUUUACUAUUGCAUUGUUUCAGUUUUAAACAAUAUUUGUUAUAAUUUUGCCAGACUUUAAAGAAACAUAGGAAAUAAAACAUAUCGACGGGACUGUUAUCAUCAAAACAAUGCUCUGAUAUGAUAACAUAACCUACAACCGCUAACAGCUCCACUGCUUCAAGAGGAGUCAGAUACGAGCAGCUUAGAUAUGACAUCAUACCUAAACUGCCGAGCAGCGCCAGCGAAAUAAGUUCCUUUCUAUUCCACUAAAGCAGUGGUCAACCGCGAGCAGUCGCGGUCGUGGACCGCGCCAGCGAAAUAGUACCUUUAGGAUGGGUUGGGAUGUCAGCUGUAUAAACUGUGUAAAGGAUAGGACCAAGGAUACUACCUUGAGGAACACCAGCAGACUGGGAAAAGAGGGAUGAAUAAGCAUUAUUGUGAUUGACUUUUGAGUAUCUAUCAGUUAGAUAGGAACGGAUAAUGAGGAAGUAUGUAGGAUGUAGCAAUUUACGGAGUUUGUAAAUUAGUCCCGGGUGCCAGACUCGAUCAAAAGCCUUUUUUAAAAGAUUAAAUCUCUAAUUUAUGUUAUGUUUACAGAAUAUAUCAGAUAUGAAACGAUAUUUCAAGGUCUAUUACUUUGGCUUUGUAAUAAUUAAUUUGAUGUCAGCACCUUGGUAAAAUUUAAUGAUCUUAAUGGAUUAUUAAUGACCAUCUAAUAAAGAAUAUAAGAUGAUGUAUAUUAUUAGUUCCAGUGUGUUUAUUUUUGCAUCAUUCAUCUUUAAUUGUAAACAAUCCCAAACAAGGAGAUCAAUUAUAUAUAUUUAAUUCAUAUACACUUGGGUUGUUUUGGGAUUCCACCUACGAUGUGCUCUAAGUGAUUUUGAAACCAGCUACAUCUUGGUGUAGUGAUUUGGAACUGUCAUUAGUACAAAUAAUAUUUUAGAUAAACAGAAAGACCAAUUAAUAUGGAUAACAUUUCUUCAUUCAAACAAUGUUAUUUAAGAAAUAACUAAUAUUUGACUUUUAUUAAUAGGUAUUAAUGAUUACCUGAAAAUGCAGUUAAAAAGACAAGUCCUUUAGAGGCAUGUGCAAGCCCUCUAAAUCUUCUAGCACUUUUGGUGAUUUCGGUCAAUUUCUGUGCAGGAAUCAAAUGAUCAAGUGCUGACCAAAGAAAUGCAGUAUAAAGAAUAAAAGCUAGUGAGAGAUGACUUGCAAGUCGGUACUGAGAAACUCUGACCACAUCAUUCUGUGUAGGAAACCUGUCUUCCAAGCCAGAUUUCACCAUGUACCAUCCCAUUAAACCCUAACAGUGAAAAUGGAUUUGAGAAGGAAAUAGAGUUUUAUUAAAGUAAAUAAAUCAUUAUUAGUGUCGAGGGAAUUACUAAUCCAUACUUGAGCAGCAAUCAGUAAUCCAAAAGCAAAUACUCGUUUUUUCAUAGCAGAGCUGAAGUAUCCUUUUGUCCAAAAGUAAGUGGCUGGAAAUAAGAAAGCAGCACCUAUACAUCUUCCCCACAUACGGUGAGCAUAUUCCAUCCACCAAAUUCUUUUGAAUUCUUCUAAUGUUAUAUCCAUAUUUUUCCUUAAAAAGAGAAAAUAUAUAAGGUAUGCAUAAAAAAAAAAAAAGUAAGUCAAAUUACUCUUAGUAAUAGUAAAAUACAUUUUAUACUCAGGGAACUGUUUGUAAAGUUCAAAUUCUUUUUCCCAGUCCGCUUGGUUGAAAGGAGGUUUUUCUCCAAACAGUUUCCACGUUACCAUUGAGAGUCCAGAUUCUGUAAGUCUUGUUACUCCCCCUAAGAUGUAAAUAAUGACCAUAAAUUCAAACUUAGAAAUAUAUCCAGGUAAUAAAAAAUAAAUUGGAAUUAACAAAAAAUAUCUAUAAGUUACCUAAAACAACAGCACCAAAUACCAUUCCACCGCAUCCCAACAACCAAUAACCAACGGCCUUCUGUGCCACUGCAUUUUUAGAAGCAAUAGCAUGUACAGCUAAUGUUUCUGACUUCCUAACUAAGUUCUACAAAAAUUAAAAGUAAAGAACUGUUUUUGUUUUUCAUGUUUUUUUAAAUGAAAUGAAUCAUAGCAAGGGUCAAGCAUAAUAAUUAUUCUUAAGAAAUAACUUACAAGUCCAAAAUUAUGAGGUUUAAUAAGGAUUUUUCUCGAUCCAUUGCUGAAACCAUGAAAUAAACGACUUGCCUUCACCUAAGAUUUGAAUAACAGCUGAAUAACAUACUAGAUAAUUCAAAUUUCCAAAAUUUAUUCAACAAAAUAUCUACUUGUGUAAAUGGAGAAACAAAUGUAUUCCGAACACCACAGGUGAAAAUUAGUUUUUCAAGGAAUACCAGAAUUUCCCAUCAGCCUUCAUAUGAAUAAAUGCUCAGAUAAACAUGAGUGGAGAAAUAAUUUUACUGCAAGUGGGACAGGCAGGUGUGCAAAUGGGAAAUGCUAUAUGGGAGCUAUUUUGCAUGGAACACUUGAUUUAUCCUGAUGGUAGGUUAGCAGAUCCUGAAGAAGAAGGACAUAAUAUAGUAUUUUAUGAAACACCAAGAGGACAAUUAGUUCCACGUGUCGUGUUUGUGGAUUUGGAACCUACUUGCAUAGAUGAAAUUCGAACUGGAGCUUAUCGUCAUUUGUUUGGGCCAGAAUCCAUGGUUUCUGGAAAAGAAGACGCUGCAUCUAAUUUUGCCCGUGGUUAUUAUUCUUUGGGUAAUGAAAUGAGUGAACUGUGUUGUGAGCGCAUUAGAAGACAAGCAGAAAAAGCUAGUAAAGUCCAAGGCAUCAUGAUCUUCAGAUCAUUUGGAGGUGGAACUGGUUCUGGAUUAGGAGCUAAUGUUAUCACCAAGAUCCAAAGAGACUUUCACCGCGCUGUAAUAGUAGAAUUUUGUAUUUAUCCUUCUCCUAGGAUCUCUCCCAUUAUUGUUGAACCAUAUAAUGCAGUCCUGACUACCCAUAGUACUAUUAGUAGUGGUAGUUGUUCAUUUUUCUUUGAUAAUCAGUCAAUUUAUGAUAUCUGUGACACUCAUCUCAAUGUCAAAGAACCAACAUAUACCAAUCUGAACCGAUUAAUAGCACAGGUGGUUGCUGGGGUCACUUCGCCCAUACGGUUUAUCGGGAACUUGAGAAUGGAGCUUCUCGAUUUCCAGACGAACCUGAUUCCUUACCCUAGGAUACACUUCCCGUUGGUGUCAUUGGCACCCAUUAUUCCUCCUUCGAGGACCGCUUACGAACCUCUCAGUACCUCAGAGCUCAUCAAAUCAGCCUUUAUGCCGGAUCACCAGAUGAUCAAGAUAGACCCCAGAAGUGGUAGCUACAUUGCUUGUUCCCUCUUCCUCAGGGGUGACGUACCUCCGAAUGACGUAAACUCUGCCCUCGGUCAGAUAAAAUCAAUGAAGGAUGUGAAAUUUGUCGAAUAUUCGCCAUCAAGUUUCAAGGUCGGACACAGCUACCAGCCAAUGAUAUUCGUACCAGGCGGUGACCUAGCAAGCUCCCCACGUUCCAUUGUCAUGGCCUCCAACCACUCCGCUAUAGGGACCGCCUGGUCACGGCUUAACUCCAAGUUCGAUAGGAUGUUCAGCAAGAGAGCCUUUGUCCAUCACUACGUCGGAGAGGGCAUGGAAGAAAUUGAGUUCCAUGAAGCCCAAUCAGAUCUGAAGCAGCUCGAAGAGGAUUACAAGAUGGCGGGUUCGUAGAUGUUGGGAAAUUAAAAAUGGU